GACCUGGGCUUCCUCUUUGGUAACUGCGUCCCGUGCCUCGGGCACACAGUAGGCGCUCAGUGUUACUAGCUGGGGUGACCAGUUGAUGAUGGGUUAGUGAGUUGCCUCGAGGGGCCACACUUUUGGGAGGUGCCGCAGCUGCAGCUGCUGCCGCCGCCGCCGGCGUCGUCCUCUUUGUCGUCACGGAUCCGGCCCGCCCCGCCCCCAGGCGGGGCUACCAUCCCUCCCCGACGGCGCUGACUCAGCAACGCAAGGGGCGAGGUUUGUCCCUCGGCGCACCCCGUUUCUCCCUCCGGCCUCGCCGGGGCCGAGUCCGUUUCCUCUUUCCGGCGCUCCGGGUGUCCCAAAGCUCCAUCCCGCCGCCUGUCGCGCUCAACCCGACCCAGCUCCUCCUGACCCCGGCGCCUGCUCGUGCCCGUCGGACCCAGACUCACACUGGUCCCGGCCCCGGCCCGGCCGCUGCCAGCACCUCCUUCGGCCCUCCUCGGGACCCCGGACAGCGACCGUUACGAGGCCGCGCGCCGCCGUCGCCAUGAACGAUAAGAUGUGUGAACAUCCUGCCGGCCUUAACCCCUUGAAGGUGGCUACUUUGAUCCAGCAGCUGAACUGUGACCCGCUGUUUUCCCUGGCCCAGAAUGUGGGGAGCACCCAUGACCUGCUAGACAUCUGCCUGAGGAGGUCCACAGUGCAGGAGACACAGCAUGUCUUCCAGCAUGCCGUGCCUCAGGAAGGCAAGCCCGUCACCAACCAGAAGAAUUCAGGACGAUGCUGGAUCUUUUCAUGUCUGAACGUUAUGAGACUUCCUUUUAUGAAGAGAUUAAAUAUUGAAGAAUUUGAAUUCAGUCAGUCUUAUCUAUUUUUCUGGGACAAGGUUGAACGCUGUUAUUUCUUUUUGAAUGCCUUUGUUGAAACAGCCCAGGAACCUGAAGAUGGAAGGCUAGUGCAAUAUUUACUUACUAAUCCUGCAAAUGAUGGUGGCCAGUGGGAUAUGCUAGUCAACAUUGUUGAAAAAUAUGGGGUUGUCCCUAAGAAGUGCUUCCCUGAGUCUCAUACAACAGAGGCAUCUAGAAGAAUGAAUGACAUUCUGAAUCAUAAGAUGAGAGAAUAUUGUAUACGACUAAGAAAUUUGGUAAAAAGUGGAGCAACGGAAGAAGAUAUCUCUGUCACCCAGGACAGCAUGAUGGAAGAGGUCUUCCGAGUGGUCAGUAUCUGCUUGGGCACCCCACCGGAGAAAUUCACCUGGGAGUAUCGAGAUAAGGAUAAGACUUACCAUAAGAUUGGACCCAUCUCACCCUUGGAUUUCUACAGAGAACAUAUCAAACCUUUCUUCAAUAUGCAGGACAAGAUUUGUCUGGUGAAUGACCCUCGGAGUCAGCAUAAGUACAACAGACUGUACACUGUGGAAUACUUGAGCAAUAUGGUUGGUGGCCGAAAAACCCUGUACAACAACCAGCCCGUUGACUUCUUGAAAAAAAUGGUUGCAGCCUCCAUUAAAGAUGGAGAGGCUGUAUGGUUUGGCUGCGAUGUUGGAAAACACUUCAAUGGCAAGCUGGGCAUCAGUGACAUGCAUAUUUAUGACCAUGAGCUGGUGUUUGGUGUCUCCUUGAAGAACAUGAACAAAGCAGAACGGUUGACAUUUGGCGAGUCCCUGAUGACCCAUGCCAUGACCUUCACGGCUGUCACAGAGGCUGCUCAUGAGGGAACAUAUGAAAAAUGGAGAGUAGAGAACUCCUGGGGUGAAGACCAUGGUCAUAAAGGCUACCUGUGCAUGACGGACCAGUGGUUCUCCGAGUACGUGUACGAGGUGGUGGUGGACAAGAAGCACGUGCCGGAGGACGUGCUCCUGGUGCUGAAGCAGGAGCCCAUCGUGCUGCCCGCCUGGGACCCCAUGGGGGCUUUGGCCAAAUGACUCCCGGGCCGCGGCGCCCGCCUCCUCGAGCAGGACUGUCCUGGGGCCCGAGGCCGGAGCGGAGGAGGGGACUGAGGCGGACUCGGUCUGCCGGCCCCUCGCUGCGGGGGCUCCCGGGGAAUUGUGCUUCUUUACGCUGUGCUGUGGAAUCCCAACACUCUCACUUCAGACAGGCUAGUCUUUAACAGUCAAAGACCAGGUCACGCUGUUUCCUCUCCUCGACCCCAGCAAGGGAAGGGGGUCUCUCAGUUUGAGCAGGCACGCUGCGCGCCUGGAGCCCCGCAGAGCAGAGGAAGGCCUUUAGGAGGCAGGCGAAUGCGGAGCCGGGCCGCCUGUCGCGCUCGGGAGAUGGAAGGCCGCCGCCGAGCCGCUGCAUGCUCUUCAUUUUAGCUUUAUCUGCCCCUGCCAGCACGGGACCCCCCAGGGAGGCCGACGGGCCGGGCCUGGCUCCCGUGGCUGGCAGUUAGAAGGGUGGGGGAGGAGAGAGGACGCACCACCACUUGCUCAAAUCCCAUUGAAGCUGGGGCUCAGGAAGUUGAGGUGAGACAGUGACCAAAAUCCUAUCAUGACCUGAUUGAAAAACAGGGGAAUCUCUAGCCAAAUGGUGUCAUUUUAAACUUCUGCAUCUGGAGGGGGGCAGGGCAGGGCCGGGGAGGGCAGGGGGCUGGGCUGCAUUCUUUAAGACAACUAGACGGUGCUGUGAAGCUUUUGAAUAAAACACUUUCCUAAAC